AGGAUUCAUACAUUCGCGUUUCACAUGGCGCAGCACGACGAUUACCGAAUAUCUCCGAUUCCGCCUACCACCUGCUACACUUCUGCUCGUGCAUAUCUGAGCGGUUAUGUGUUUUGACAUGUUUUGACGUUGUAUAGGAACCAGGAGCACGUCGCAAUAUUUCACUCAGGAUGAUGUCCGAGAGGGAUUACGCGCCUCUAAGUGCAGCAUGCGUGCGUUCUCUCAAUGACAAAUUGUACGAGAAACGGAAGCCAGCUGCUCUGGAGAUAGAGAAGAUGGUGAAGGAAUUUGCUGCUCACAAUAAUACCGUGCAAAUCAAGAGACUGCUGAAGGUUCUUGGGCAGGACUUUGCCACUUCACAGAAUCCGCAUACGCGCAAGGGUGGCUUGAUUGGUCUUGCAGCAAUCGCGGUCGGUCUCGGAAAAGACACCGGUCAAUACAUAGAGGAUCUGAUUCAUCCGAUCUUGGCGUGUUUCUGCGACGCCGAUUUGAGAGUCAGAUAUUAUGCCUGCGAGAGUCUAUACAAUGUAGUUAAAGUGGCAAGAGGUGCAGUGCUGCCUCAAUUUACAGAUAUCUUUGCCGCUCUCAGUAAACUAGCCUGUGACUCUGAGCAGAAUAUAAAAAAUGCCACAGAGCUACUCGACAGACUAAUGAAGGACAUUGUGACAGAAAGCGGCCUCUUUGACUUAGUCGGAUUUAUGCCUCUGUUACGUGAACGGAUCUAUACAAAGAAUCCGUUUGGCAGACAGUUUGUAAUAUCAUGGGUGUCUGUGCUGGACGCGGUGCCUAAUAUGGAUUUCAUAAUAUUUCUACCUGAGAUACUUGAUGGAUUGUUUAGGAUAUUAGAGGACCCAACUCCAGAGAUCAAGAAGGUCACAGACACGGUUCUCGGUGAAUUUUUACGUAGCAUAAAAUCCAAUCCUGCAAGAGUGGAUUUCCCAGCCAUGAUAAAUAUACUGAUUUCACAUGCUCAAAGUAGCGACGAGCUGCUCCAGCUGACUGCUAUCACAUGGAUCAAGGAGUUUGUACAUUUAUCCGGGCCUCUUAUGUUACCAUAUAUGUCUGGCAUUCUCGUGGCCGUUUUGCCAUGCCUGGCCUACGAUGGCGACACUCGUAAGAGUAUUAAGGAAACGGCGACGCAAGUAAACGCGAAUUUAAUGAAAUUAAUAAUCGUCAAAAGUACAGAGGUCACAAAGGAUCAAGAAAAUAAAAUACAAGCUAUCAGAAAGAAGAAUGAUAUAACAGAAGAUCAUUCCUUAGCUGAGGACUUGGAUCUCGCUAGCGUAGUAGAGGUACUUACGAAACACUUACUAUACCUAUCGGUCCAGACUAAAGUUGCGGUUUUAAAAUGGAUGCAUCAUUUAUUCAUAAACAUUCCGCAAAAAAUGUUCAAACAUAUUGAGGACUUGUUUCCGAUAUUAAUGAAAUCUUUGAGUGACGCUUCUGACGAAGUAGUGCAACAGACUCUAGUGGUAAUGGCCGAGAUUAUCAGCUCGAAAUCCCCGGAGGCAGUAGCGGCCGAUUCCGACGCCAAGAUUCAGAACAAGUAUUUCACGAAGUUUAUAGUUAAUUUAUUAAGGCUCUUUUCGACCGACAGACACUUACUAGAGGAACGGGGCACUUUCAUUAUAAGAGAGUUGUGCGUGCUUUUAAGUGCAGAGGAUAUAUAUAAAACUUUAGCGAAGAUACUACGGGAGGAACAGAAUUUAAGUUUCGCCUGUACAAUGAUACAAACUCUGAACGUUAUCUUAUUAACCAGUUCCGAGUUAUUCGAUUUGCGCAACAAACUUAGGCAUUUGGAUUCUCCGGAUAGUUGCGCAUUAUUUGAGUGCCUAUAUGUGUCCUGGUGUCAUAAUCCUGUCGCCACAGUGGCUCUAUGUCUUCUGUCUCAGCAUUACAGGCACGCGUGCAAUAUCAUUCGAUCUUUUGAAAAUAUAGAGGUCACAGUGGAGUUCCUAACGGAGAUAGAUAAAUUAGUCCAGUUAAUAGAGUCGCCGAUAUUUACUUAUCUGAGACUGCAGCUAUUGGAAUGGGAGAAAAAUGACGCUUUGAUAUACGCGUUAUACGGCUUGCUCAUGAUCCUGCCGCAGAGUGAUGCUUAUGCUACCUUGCAACGUCGAUUAGCGGCGAUACCUCCGGCCACAAAACCGAUACCUAAAAACGAACACUCGCAGGAGAAAACGGACGCCGAUUGUCCGUUUGAUUUCGAUAAACUACUGAAACAUUUCCAUGCAGUACAAGAGCACCACAGGGAACAGAAGCGCAAGCAAAGACUGAAUUCCUUAGUCGAGAGGAAUACUAGUCAUGUAGACGUAUGAAUCACGCGUCCUUUUUUUCACGCUCGAGAAUUCGUAUAUAUGGAUUUUGCAACGCAUGUAAGAAAAGGUACGCCUGGUUUGCUAAUUUUUUACAGCAUAAUUAUGUAAAAUUUGUGUUUAACUAUAUGUUGUAUAAAAAUAUAAUUAUUAUUUAUUAAAACGCUAACAUUAGACUUGUUGGCAAUAAACGAUCGUAUCGUUGAUCUUAAAGUAAAA